GUUUUGUUUUGUUUUUUGGUUAUUUUGGCAUCCUUAAAAAUACUUCCUUUCUGUCCCCUUUUGCAGAAAGGUUAGGUUAUUCAGCCACACAUGAGAGUGGUCUUCUACUAUUAUCUUUUUGUGUUUGCCAGGAUUAUUCUCUCUUUCUCUCUAAUCCCUCCCUCUCUCGUGUUCUUCUUCUGUUUGUCUGAGUUACUAUUAGUAUACUACUAAAGUAGUAGUACUAGUACUAGACAGAAGGGGAAAGCUCAAAGCCAUGGAGGUAGAGAAAACCAAUAACAGCGAUCAUUUGGUGGUAACCAUAGGCCAACAAAGCACCAAAGUAGCAGAACCCCCGCAGGCCACGCCCAGAACAAAUACCCUCAAACGCCUCAACUUUUCCAAACCCAGGUCACGCUUCGAGGAGGUUAAACAGCCCUUGUCACCCAAUAAUAAAAUCGACCAACUCCAACCCUUGAUCAACAACUCGUACGAAAACAGCAACUCCUCCACCGACGAUGACGACGACGACGACGAGUGGUACGAGAAGGAAGAAGAAGAAGAAGAAGAAGGCGGCGGUGGCAAGGCAGACAACUCGCAAGGCAAGGACAGAAAAAUGAUCAGUAGGAGAAGAAGAAGAAGAAGAAAGAUCAACAAGCGAGCUGUGAUGGAAUGGAGCCUGUUUCUGAUCAUCAUGACCUGCCUGCUAUGCUCUCUCACCCUCCAAUCCAUCAAAUACGAUAAGAAGUGGGGCCUGGAGAUAUGGAAGUGGUGCCUGAUGGUGAUGGUGGUGUUCUGCGGCCGGUUAGUGGCGGGAUGGGUGGUGGGGUUGAUAGUGUUACUGAUAGAGCGCAACUUCAUGCUGAGGGAGAAGGUGCUGUACUUCGUGUACGGACUCCGGAAGAGUUUCCAGAACUGCGCAUGGCUGGGCCUGGUUCUGAUCGCCUGGAUGAUCAUGUUCCCAAACGUCCACGAGCACAACAAGAUGCUGAAGAAGGUUUUCCGAGCCCUGGUGGCCAUCCUCAUAGGAGCCACCAUCUGGCUGCUCAAGAUCCUCCUCGUCAAAGUCCUUGCCUCCUCCUUCCACGUGGCUACCUUCUUCGACCGCAUGCAGGAGAGCGUCUUCAACCAUUACAUCCUGGAGACGCUGUCGGGGCCCCCGCUGGACGAGGACGACAGAGACCAGCCUCGCCGUUAUCUUCAGGCUUCCAAGUCGUUGCCCGCCAAGCUGCGAUCCAGGGAUAUUCUUCCACAGUCCCAGCAGCAGGGCCCCAGGAGGAUUGAUAAGGAGAAGCUCAAACGGCUGAGCAUGCAGAGCAGAGCCACCGCCUGGAGCGUCAAGAGGCUUGUCAGUCUAGUCAUGUCCUCUGGAUUGUCCACCAUUUCAACCACCGUCGAUGCAUUCGGCAAUGCCGAUCAGUCGGAAAUAACCAGUGAAUGGGAGGCCAGAAGCACUGCUCAACGGAUUUUCAAGAAUGUUGCAAAGCCUGGAGCCAAAUACAUAGAAGAAGAAGACUUGCUGCGGUUCCUGAAGGGUGAGGAGGUGUCCACCAUAUUCCCUCUGUUUGAAGGAUCGGAGAGUGGGAAGAUCUCCAAGUCUUCCUUCCGCAACUGGGUGGUCCACGCCUACUUCGAGCGCAAAGCUCUCGCUCACUCCCUCAACGACACCAAAACCGCUGUCCACCAGCUCCACAAGUUGGCCAGCGCCGUCGUCAUCGUCGUUAUCACCGUCGUUUCUCUCCUGGUCAUGGGGUUGGCCACCUCCAAGGUCAUCUUCGUCGUCACCUCUCAGCUCCUCCUGGUGGGAUUCAUGUUUCAGAACACUUGCAAAACCAUGUUCGAGUCCAUCAUUUUUGUGUUUGCGAUGCACCCUUUCGAUGUGGGCGAUCGCUGUGUCAUAGACAACGUCCAGAUGAUCGUGGAGGAAAUGAACAUUCUCACAACGGUCUUCUUGCGCUACGACAACGAGAAGAUCUACUACCCAAACUCGGUCCUUCUCACAAAGCCCAUUAGCAACUUCAGGAGAAGCCCAGACAUGGCGGAUACCAUAGACUUCAGCAUCGAUGUGGGGACUCCUGUUGACCAUGUGAAUGCCCUCAAGAAGGCCAUUCAAAACUACCUGGAGAGCAAGCCCAAGUACUGGAGCCCAAAGCACAUGGUGCUCGUGAAAGAGAUUGAGAAUGUCAACAAGAUGAAGAUGUGCCUCUGCGUCCAGCACACCAUCAACCAUCAAAACUUCGGCGAGAAGAGCACUCGCAGAUCGGAACUUGUCUUCGAACUCAAGAAGAUUUUCGAGACCAUCGGCAUCAAAUACCAGCUUCUUCCUCAGGAGGUUCAUCUCACACAAUUCAACAUAAAUUAAUCUUUAUCCACCUAGCUAUUUAUUACCUGCCAUCUGCCAUCUGCCAUCUUCAGUGCAUGCCAUGCACAAAAUAUUAUCUGCAAUAUUUUUCAAAGUUAUGAUGAGCGACAAUCUUAUAUCUGUAAAAUGGGCUUGGGUUUUGCCUGCUCUAUGUAUCCACUAAUAAUUAAUACUACUUCAAAACUUCUCUACUGCCA